AAUACCCUCACACUACUCGCGUAGACGUUAUCGCUCGUAAUGUUUACUGCGGCCUUGUGUCAAUAUCGGCAAUCUGAUACACUGCAGCGCUUUGGUUGUAAAUUUGUAAUGCCAGUUAGACUGUCACCUUCCGGCUUCCAUAAUAAUGAAUUCGCAUGCGUGUCUCGUUCAAAAUGUUUCCCUGAAUGCAAUUUUCAGCAUAUUCUGAAAUUUACCAUCGAUCCGUGGUAGCAGGAAUUUAACCGUCUGUAAAAUAAUAUGGAGUAAAUUGGCGAUUUUUACUUAUUGUUCCGGCCACCGGCACAAGAUGAGCCAGCCUGAAACGCAUAAAUCGACUACGAAAACAACAUCCGAGUUAUUCCUAACCAAAUAAACAUCGACUUUUUUGCUGCCAAUAAUAACAGACGCUUCCAUGGCUGCGAUUCUACCCUCUCCUACAGAUAUUUUUAAAAACCUCUUAGAUCAUGGACUGUGUCGUCUUAUCGAACCGGAGAAUGCGACAGUAACCAGUGCGCUGGCAUGUUUGCCAUGGACUUCGUACAUCGCCUCCAUCGGAAUAUUUGUAGCGUUGACUGCAAUCGGCAUCGGUUACUACUUGAUUGUAUCGGCGCGGCAGUACGGAUGUAAACUGUUAAUCAAAGACGCAAAAUCCUUUUUAAAGACCACAUUCAAACAAGCCGAUUGGCGAGGAUUGGUUGUGUUCGGAUUCAGUUUAGCUUCGCUCUACUUCAGUUUCUUCCAGUCGUAUUUUAGGGAUGAUACGAAACUGUAUCAUGGAUGGCACCACAGAACCUUACCAGACACUCGAUACGCGAUAGUUGUUGAUGCCAUUUUGAACGCUGUGCUUCUGCUCCUAUUGGUAUUUAAGCUGAUAAAGACAUCUAAGACAUGCUGUGGACCGUGUCGCGGAGCACGCAAAGUUACGGUAUUUUGCCAAAGCCCUGCCACAGACCACCGGGACGAGUGUUGCAAAGAACCAACUUGUCUGAGAGAACGGAUAUGGAGCGCAAUUCGUGACUGGGAAUUCUUCGCAAAUGUUGCCAAUUUCCCGCUGUUGUGUUACGAACUUGUUAUUGUAUUGCGCUGGCGUGCUGAACCACUGGCUUACUGGAACGUCACGGCUACAAGUCUGCAAUUUCUUCGCGUGUUUUGUUUCACUUGGCUGUGCGACGAGAUCAUCCGCAUCUUUCGAAAGCUACCCAUUGCCACCGGCACCGUUAUGCGAAGAAUAACAUGGAUUGCCUGCUCCUUUUUAGCCUUAGCAGCAUGGGUUCAGUUGGUAGAAACAUUGGGCGAUCCAUGGGUAUCCACCUAUAAUGGACAAAAAGACUUGACCUUCGGAAAGUUAGUGACCUUCCUAUACGGCAAGCUCGUGUUUCUGGACUUGACAUCGACAACACUCGAAACAGAAAUCGCGAAGAUUUCGGUUUAUGUUGCCCAAGCAGUUACUCUGAUUUUCCUAUCGCAAAUUAUUCCGGAAAUGUUAAAGCAGUUGCCGAAAAUAUUACGAAUCCAUUCAUUUAGUGCAGUACGCACGAGAAAGGACACAAAGUUCAUAUUAUUGCUCGGCUCGAUUAAUUCUCUGGCGGUUGAGCAAUUUGCCGAGAGAUUCCGCUCAACAAAUCCUGGAGAGAACAUUGUUGUGCUUUUAGACCCCAAUGCUUCCGAUGCGGCCAUCGAAGAAAUGCAUACAGUGGCUGGAAAGCACAAAGACAGAUUAACCGUUAUAACCGGCUCGCUUUUUGAGAAGGAAGAUAUGGAAAAUCACGUUUUUGACAAUUGUCAGUGCGCUCUGUUCUUCGCCAAUGAAAACGCUUCCAACUUUGCCGAAGAGGAUCACUGCAACUUCUUACGAGUCAACAAGGUGAAACAACGACAUCGUAACACAAGAGUAAUCGUCAAGAUCCUAAUGUUCGAAAACAAGGAAAAGUUCCAUCACAUUCCAUUUUGGUGCCGCAAAAGCGACCAGAUAAUCUGCACAGCAGAAAUUCAAUUCGCUCUUUUGGCACAACGAUACUUUGCACCAAAUUUUCCUCUGCUCGUCAACCAGUGGUUUGGUGAAGAGGCUGGUCCCACUGUCAGAGCAGUCAACCUGCCGAAUCCUACAACGAUUUCCGCGCGUUCGAACAUGUUUAGUAAUAACUUGGGCGCUAGGUCGCCAACUGCAACGGCGUCGGUUAACACUCCAACUCAGACAAAUGUUAAUGUAGAGUCAGAUGAUCGUGCAACAUACAACAAAAUACGCAGGAACCAAAAUUCCAAGAAAUCCAGUGAAGAGAUAGAAUUGCUUUCGCUACACCCAGAUGGACCGGCACCUGUAUCGUCGAAUAUACCGAGGCCUGGUCUUUCAGAUGUCAUCAACGCGACCUAUGAAGACGCACGGAUCGCAUUUGAACCCUAUGGCGCCCUGUUUGCCGUUCAACAAGGCGGUGAAUAUCAUUUGUAUCCCCAGAAAUAUCUCAUUCUGCAACCAGGCGCCAAAUUUUUCAUCAUUACCACUUCAUCCAGCAACGAGCUGGACCGAGUUGCGCGCUCUAAGAAGUGGACGGUUUUGGCAGAUGACAGAGUUCCAUCGUCAAGCGCAGGACAGAACGUAACAGGUCAGCCGAAUAAUCAGGAAAGCGAUGCCCCAGAUGUCACGUCACGAAUCCGAAUUCCCUUGAGCAUGGACACUGAAUGCGUUGAAGAAUGUGGCUCACAAAAUGUGACUUGCGAUAUAACUGGACAAUACUGGAGAUACCAGCUGCCAAAAGCCAAAAUGCCGGUUAAGUUUCCCAACGAACUGGAAAACAUGCUGCCAUCCACACUGGAGCAACACAUUGUAAUUUGCGUUGUCUCCGACCGGGACCCGGCCCCCAUUGGGCUAGUGAAUUUCAUAAAACCGCUGCGCGCCGUUCAUGCUGAUCCGCCGGUUGUUGUUAUUCUGGCCGAAGCCGACUGUCUGGCCAAAGAAUGGCCGGCCUUGAUGACCUUUCCCGAUAUUCUUUUAGUUCAGGGAAAUCCCUCGAAACACGAUCAUCUACGGGCUAUAAAGCUCGAAAAAAGUCGGCUAUGCAUCGUGGUUGACGCAAGUGAACUCCCCAAAAAGCAGUCGGAAAAAUGGAAGAAGUCGGAUGCGGAAGCUGAACUGAUUUGGCCCAUGCUGCCUAAACACUUUUACCGGCAUGUCAACGCUGUUCUGGCUACAGCGGACAUUGCAGAGUAUCUCAAAGAAUUCCGUAACCAGAUGGAUACCUUGCCAGAAGAGAUCCUAACAUGCAUUCGUUAAGCAGGGCGAUAGCCUGCCAAACUGACAGGGAUGGGCAUCCUGCCAUUUGGCAGGAAAUACGCCGGAAUUUAUAGAAACGGUGGGUAGAUCGCAUUGAGGAGCUCGACCACUUGAAAAAACCCUUUUGACAAGACCUAUAUUUCUCAGCUACCGUUUUGGUCAUCGAGAUGACCAGUGGUCAAGAAAUGAUACAAUUGCAAAAAAUAUGUUUCCGAGCGGCCAUAAGCUAACGAAAGUGCAAAAUACAUUUUGUUUAUGUAAUAUAAAAUGACCCUUGGCCAGAUGAAAACACAUCAGCACAAAUAGAUAUGUGAUUUUUGUCAGUUAAGCGCCCGUUAUACCGUAUUGUACUGCAGUAGUAACUGCAGUACAAAUAUACUUUCUUGCCUUUUCCUGCUUUAAUUUGACUUUCAGUCAACUUUUCAUUUUUUAGAUGGUACAAUGACUGAAGAACAAACAAACUAAGCAGUCUAAAAGUUGCCUACCCUAGAAAUACAGCGAUAGCUUCCCUUAUUUCACCUACAGGCUACAGUAUACGCUGUAUAGCAUAUCGGCACUACCGGCAAGGUCAUUUCCGCUUUCACGCAUUUAUACCACAACAACAAGUCACUGCAAGAUGCAACUCACAGAACGUAGAAAUGUUGCACAGAAUUAAAAAGGGUGAUAUGUAGAUACAUUCAUGUAAUUUUACGCUCCCAGUAUGCAAAUCAAAUCAUUACACCAUAUCCUGAACAGGGUGAAGAGCAUAAGCUACUGUAUGCAGUUCUUGGUUACGUUUAGGGUUAUACAUGGCAGUCUACGGAAUGGCGAUGAAAAAAAGAUAUCAAACAGCUUCAGUUUGGCAAUGUCACAUUUAUUCUUACAUUUUACAAUUUGUAUUUGUAAGUAAUACCCCAAUUUUCCUUCAAAAAACACGAAGUUUUGAAAUAUCUCUAUGUGUUGACCGCUGGUCAGUUUAAUGACCACCGAAACACAAGGCUUUUUAGCACUAUUUUUGCUUGAUUUUUUGGUUCCUUGUGUAACUUUUUACCAAGUUUCUGAGAUUUUAUACAAAAUUUAUAAUUUUAUUGUUAAAGUAGCGUCAUGCCCAUCCCUGUCAAACUCGGCAGGAAAUUUCUGUAUGACCCUGUUUGCCCACUGUCCGGUUAUUUUUCAAAUCAUUUGGUGCUCUCGUAACGUCAGCCACAGGAUCUUUGUAAGUGAUUUAUCUGUAAA